CGCCCGGCUCCUGCUGUGGCCCUCCGGCCCCCGGGGACCCCCACAAGGCACAGCUAACCGGGGGCCGCGGUGACAGGCCGCUCGGGGGCGGAGGGGCGAGCUCGGCCCUCGGCUCGGCGAGUCCCCGCCGCUCUGCGGGCAAUAAAGAAUGUUGAAAGGAGAACCAUUUUUGUGAUUUCCAAAUUAUUGAGCUGAUUGCUAUAAUGGAUGAUCAGCAAGCUUUGAACUCAAUCAUGCAAGAUUUGGCUGUCCUUCAUAAGGCUAGUCGACCAGCAUUAUCCUUACAGGAAACCAGAAAAGCAAAAUCUUCAUCACCCAAAAAACAGAAUGAUAUUCGAGUCAAAUUUGAGCAUAGAGGAGAAAAAAGAAUACUUCAGUUCACCAGACCAGUUAAACUAGAAGAUCUGAGGUCUAAGUCUAAAAUUGCCUUUGGACGGUCUAUGGAUCUAUAUUAUACCAACAAUGAGCUGGUAAUUCCAUUAACUACUCAAGAUGACUUAGACAAAGCUGUGGAACUGCUGGAUCGUAGUAUUCACAUGAAGAGUCUCAAGAUAUUACUUGUAAUAAAUGGAAGUAUACAGGAUACUAAUUUAGAACCAUUGCCAUCACCAGAAGAUUUGGAUAAUACAGCACUUGGAACAGAGAGGAAAAAACGGCUGUCUGUAGUAGGUCCCACUAAUAGGGAUAGAAGUUCCCCUCCCCCAGGAUACAUUCCAGAUGAACUGCAUCAGGUUGCUCGGAACGGGUCAUUCACUAGCAUCAACAGUGAAGGAGAAUUCAUCCCAGAGAGCAUGGACCAAAUGCUGGAUCCAUUAUCUUUAAGCAGUCCAGAAAAUUCUGGCUCAGGAAGUUGUCCAUCACUUGAUAGUCCUUUGGAUGGAGAGAGCUAUCCGAAAUCACGAAUGCCUAGGGCCCAGAGCUACCCAGAUAAUCAUCAGGAGUUUUCAGACUAUGAUAACCCUAUCUUUGAGAAGUUUGGAAAAGGAGGGACAUAUCCAAGAAGAUACCAUGUUUCAUAUAAUCAUCAAGAAUACAAUGACGGUCGUAAAACUUUUCCAAGAGCUAGAAGGACUCAGGGCACCAGCUUCCGGUCUCCUGUGAGUUUUAGUCCUACUGAUCACUCCUUAAGCACUAGUAGUGGAAGCAGUAUCUUCACCCCAGAGUAUGAUGACAGUCGAAUAAGAAGGAGGGGAAGUGACAUAGACAAUCCUACUUUGACUGUGAUGGACAUCAGCCCACCCAGCCGUUCACCUCGAGCUCCAACCAACUGGAGAUUGGGCAAACUACUUGGCCAAGGAGCUUUCGGUAGGGUCUACCUCUGUUAUGAUGUUGAUACCGGAAGAGAACUGGCCGUUAAACAAGUCCAUUUUGACCCUGAUAGCCCGGAGACCAGCAAGGAAGUAAAUGCACUUGAGUGUGAAAUUCAGUUAUUGAAAAACUUGCUGCAUGAACGAAUUGUUCAGUAUUAUGGCUGUUUGAGGGAUCCCCAGGAAAAAACACUUUCCAUCUUUAUGGAAUAUAUGCCAGGGGGUUCAAUUAAGGACCAACUAAAAGCAUAUGGAGCUCUUACUGAGAAUGUGACUAGGAAAUACACCCGUCAGAUUCUGGAGGGGGUCCAUUAUUUGCACAGUAAUAUGAUUGUCCAUAGAGAUAUCAAAGGAGCAAAUAUCUUACGGGAUUCAACAGGCAAUGUCAAACUAGGAGAUUUUGGUGCCAGCAAGCGGCUUCAGACCAUCUGUCUGUCAGGCACAGGAAUGAAGUCAGCCACAGGCACACCAUACUGGAUGAGUCCUGAAGUCAUUAGUGGAGAAGGCUAUGGCAGAAAAGCAGAUAUCUGGAGUGUAGCAUGUACUGUGGUAGAAAUGCUAACUGAAAAGCCACCUUGGGCUGAAUUUGAAGCAAUGGCUGCCAUCUUUAAGAUUGCCACUCAGCCAACAAACCCAAAGCUGCCACCUCAUGUCUCAGACUAUACUCGAGACUUCCUCAAACGGAUUUUUGUAGAGGCCAAGCUGAGACCGUCAGCCGAGGAGCUCUUACGGCACGUGUUUGUGCAUUAUCACUAGCAGCCAGCAGCCUCUCCUGUGCCUCCACCAGCUCCAUCUGCAAGUUCACCUUCUCUCUGACUGCACUUUUCUUUUUUUAUAAAAAAAGAGAGAUGGGGAGAAAAAGACAAGAGGGAAAUAUUUCUCUUGAUUCUUGGUUAAAUUUGUUUAAUAAUAAUAGUAACCUAAAUUUUUUAUAUUUAAUCUUUUUUCCCUUACAAGAACUUGAAAUGACGUCUUUUUUUUUUUUUUAAUUUUUAUAAUGUACUUACGUGGUUGAGAGAGACAAAGCACUUUAGUACAUAGUCACUCUUUUUAGUACAAACAAAUCAUUUGGAAUAUAUAAAGAUUGUAGUCUUUCCCUGUAUCACUGACAUAUUGGUGAUGGGAAGGCAUGGAAGAUAAGGACAAGAAAAUGAUGUACAAUUUGUAGAUUUUAGUGAUAGUAUUUAAAUAGAUCCUCAUUUGUAGGGUUGAGCCCUAAACUUGAGUUUAGGGUAGGUACUCAACUUAAAGAAUAUAGGUUCCUUCUUAUAUCUGUAUUCUUUAGAUCCUGACCUCUUGUCUACCAAGCUUUUUUGCUCAGUAGGAAUCUUAAAUAGAAGAAUCUGUAAGAGGUAUGUUUGUUAAUUUGAAGCAGUAUAAUAAGAAAAUACACUAUAAUAGGUCCAUGUUACUGGAAUCUAUAAACCUUGAGGGAUAGUUUUCUGCUUAAAAAAUGCUAUUUGUAUUUGAAAGCAGAUAUAGGAAGUCAGUGUGUAAAUUCAGCUAAAAGACAAAAGAAGAUUGCUCAUUAAAUGUGUGAGCAGUAAGAGACCAUAUUUGCCAGCAAGUAGAAAUAAUGCGAAAAAAGAACCAAGUGUUAUUUAGUGUAUUUUAAACAUUCUUUACUUGAGGGGGAAAGUCCCAAAAUUAAGGGAAUUAAGAAAUAAUAAAAAUUGUGUAUACUAUCUUCCUAUUUCUUGUUCCUGAUUUCCCAUAGGUAACAGUCUUUAGGAAUCAAAUUUCCAUGUUUUAAAGCUAGUGUCAUUUGAUAAAAUAAAACCCGUGUUCUUGGGAUCAUAGAAUACUGAACUAAAGGCACCUCAGAAGAGCAAACAUCAGGUAAAACAGUAAAAGGGGGGUGGAUAAUUUUAAUUUUACUUCACUUGUCAUUUGGCAAUGCCUGGAGACACUUUGUUGCCAUGACUGGAAAGAUACUACUGUCAUCUAGUGGGUAGAAGUUGGGGGUGCUGCUAAAUAGACUAUAGUAUAUGAGGAUCCCCCUCCCUAAGAAUUAUCCUGCCCCGGAUGUCAAAAGUGCCUAGGUUGAAAAACCCUGAUGUAACGGCCAGUCCUGAUUAUAAGCUGAAAGCAGUCAUUCACAAAGCAGUAAAGGCAAUUUCAGAGGGAAAAGAUGUAGUGUAAAUGAGGGUUUCAUAAGAGUGGAUAGAUAGCAGAUAGUCAGGAGCAGAUGAUCUCAACACACAGCAGAUAACAAAUCAGUUCUUUACCAGCUGCAUAUUUCGCCCAAUCACUGACUCUUCCAUUUUAGAAACAAUGAAUUUGUAUACUGAACCUUUUGAAUUUAGCAUCUCUGUAUAUUUUUUCCUUAAAGUCAGCUCAUCAUUGUGGGCCAAGAAAAGCAUAUGAAAACAAAGUGUUUACUACCAGCAAGAAGGUUAAAACACUGCCAGAUAUUUCCAAUGUAAGUAUCCACUUAGAGCCAGAUCAUAAAUGGAAAGGCUAAGCGGGGGAAGAUUCCACUGUAUCUAGUAGAAUUAUGAGCCUUGAAAAACAUGAGGGUUUCAGUAAUUUGGCCACUUGCUAAUUUUUCAGCAAAUUAAAUAAGUGCUAAGUACUUUAUUUUCAAAGGUUUAGAAAAUAAUGGUCUUCCGGGAUACCUUAAAUGUGAUACCUUUUAUCAUAAGGGAUUAAGAUAUUCUUACUUUUUGUUACAUGUUUUUUUAGGGAUUUUUAAAGUACUUUGUUUCUGAAGUUAUAUAGAUCUAGGUUCAUUCUGUCAAGAUCCUACCUGACAUUCCCUAUAAUCAUAAUUGAAAUUACACUAGUCUGAGAGUCAAAGCACAAAAUUAGUUAACACUUCUCCCAUACACUGAAAAUCAAGGGAAGCCCUUUACAAAGAGCAAGCAUCAGGUACCUCUCGCCUUAGCAGAUCAACUGCCUAAUCUUAUGCUGGAAACCUAAUUCCCAAGAGUGUGAGUCUAUUAUAAUUUCUUUAUCUUUUAUGAGUGAGGGCGUCUUUUCUACUUGAGCAAGAUCAUGGUAUCUGGACCACAACCAUUUUCCUUUUGCUUGUGUCUCUGGUGUGGUUGUGCUUUCUCUUUGGCUCAGUUUUGAUCUGUCAAGUAAUAGCAGUGCAGAAGAGAGACAAAUGUGCUUCAGAGAGAUAUCUGCAGAGAUGGAAACUCAAAGCAAAUUGUUAGCUUUUUCAGUCUCUUUCUGAAUUCUAUAGAAAAUGAAGGCAUCUGAAAAGCAACUACUACUUUAACACUGCUGUGGAAUACUUUUGCUUUAUAAGAAAAAUACAAUUAGCUAUUGGAAAAUAAUGUUCUUUAUGUAAAGACUUAAAAAUAGACUAAUAGUUUGCAGUUAUAUAUAUAGACUAUAAUGUGAAUUUAUUUUAGACCAGUUUCGUGAAGGUACCAAAAACCACAGCAAAAGUUCAUAUAUUAAAAAAAAAUGUACUAGAACACAAAAGCUUGAAGUAGGGUAGGGGACAUGGAAGACCAAUAGUAAAUGUACAAAAGAAUAUUUUGAAAGGAAACCUAUUAUCAAAGGAAGUAAAAUAUUCUCCAUUUUUUUGUCUAAUAAUGAUAUGAAUUAACAAAUGAAGUUUGAACUUUUAAAAAUGUCAACAUAUUUUUUUUUUUAAUGCACAGCUGAUUUUUGGGGUACUGUAAUGUUUCUUUUCUGGGGCUGGAAAAUGGCCAGACUGCUGACUUUGUGCCUUUAAAAUGUAUCCUGCUUUGCCAGUGGCAGACUUUGGUGCUGGAGAAGAUUCACUGUAGCAGUCUGAGAUGUGUUUUCAGGAAAGACCUUUCUAUCUAGGCCUUGAGAGGUACAAAGUCCAUGACUUCAGAUUGGGCCAAGUAUUGGAAACAAAAGUGGUUGAAUAAAAGAGUUGAAAAAUAUCAUCAUAAUCAUGGAAAUUUUGAUGGAUUAGUAACUCUUUAAAAUUUAUUAGUGUUAUGCAGAAUUUGAAAUUUUCAGAAUGAGUGUCUUGAAAAUUUUCAGCACUUUUCCUUGUUUACAAAAUGUUUCUAAUUUUAAAAACAUCUAAGACUGUUGCCUUAGAAAGUUUUAAGAGGCUCAAUUACCCAUCUAUAACAUAUGAAAAACUGAAUAUUAUUGCACAUGAUGAAGUAUAAGAGAAAUUAAAACUUGUAUUUCAAAACAUUAAAUUGACGUUGAUUUGAGAGUCUUUACCUUAUUCCCAAUAGAAAUUACAUAAAAAGCGUAAAAGUACAACUCUAGAAUAGCUUUCUGCUACUCAGUUCUGACAUUGGUCAGAUGUGAUCUGUACUGUUUAUGAGACAGAGUUGUAAGAUAUGUGAAAUCACUAAGAAAAUCAAACCAAACCAAAAUAGGUAGGCAGGAUGACCUAGCCUGAUGCAUGGCAUUCAUGCCAGUGGUUUCAUUUGUUGUCUGGGAACCAAUACCUUUACAUAAAUUUAGCUAAAGUCAGUCAAAUAUACAAAUCUCUGUCUUCUUUCAUUUCAGUUUGUAUUUUUGGACUCAGGAUUCUCACUAUGUGUUCCAGGCUGGCCUGGAAGUUGAAGUGCUCCUGCCUCCACCUCUCAGUUGUUGGGAAAAUAGGUACAUGCCACCACAUCUAGCUUUGUCCAUUUUCUUUAAAAUUGAAUCAAUGUUUUUCAUUUGCUUAUUCAAUAAUUGUGACAAAUUAGCAUUCUUCAGGAAGUCACAGUCUAGGAAGAACAUGUGCAGACAGUUAUUUUAUGGCAUACCCUAACUGAAAAUUUAGCUGUGAUAUUUGAAAUACUGAUUUUUUUUUUUAAUGUGAAAUAAUGAGAAAGCAGUUUUGGGUACUGGGUUUUUUAAACUCCAAAAACAUCAACAAGAAGGAUUAGUAUAAGAAUGUCUGCACAUUAAGAGGGACACCCCCAUGCCAGAUCAGAUGGCUUCUCAGUCCCCCCCCCCCAUUACACAGCACAGCCCCAAGAUAAGCCCAGGAAAAAGAAGCAUUUAUUCCUUAACAGUGUUGUGGUGUUCCCCCUAACCCCAAGUGCUUCUUUUAAAAGAAAAAAAACUUUCAUUUGGUUUAAGGUAUGGAAAUACCGAAAAUAUUUAAUACAGGUUGACCUCUUGUCAAGUGUUUUUUAUACUAAGAUCAGAACAACUUUUUGAGAUUGUAUUAUCAUUAAAUUUGAUGAUGAUUUUAGAUGUAGUGUUACUAUUUUAUUUUUUUUACCAUUGGUUAAACAUUAAUGGAAAACAAUUUGUUAAUUUUUAGUAGUGCCUUUUUCUCUAUAUGCCUUAAUUUUAUUUUAUAUUUCCAAUUCAAGUUAGCCUAACAAAAUGAUAAAUUUUCCAAAAUCACUAGGCCUCAAGAGUUCUUUUGGCCUUAGACUGUGUGUUGGCCCCUAUGCAUUUCUUAAUGCUUAUUUCCUCCUCCUACCCUUUCUACCUCCUCUUUAAAAAAAAAAAAAUGUUAGGAGAGAAACAGCAUUUAUCUGACUGCAAUCUCUACUAGACAUGAAUUCUUAAAAUAAGCAUAGGAAGGUAUUCUCAUUCUAAAAGACAUAGUAAUUGUUUUUUUUUUUUUUUUGGUUUAAUUACUUGAUAUUUCAAUCACAUUGGCACUGUCUGAGUUCUUUGUGUGUCAUGGUUCAGUUGUGAUAUUUAUAGCAGAACUAUGGUGGUUGGUUUUGCCCUAAAGAACUCCUUUAAAUGAUUUGGAAAUGUUGAGGCAGUGAGACUUAGGGCACUGAGCAAGAAAUCCAGCAAGAACUCAUUCUAACCCAUAGUGUUUAACAUUUUGACUAAUACUCUAGCUUACUCUUCAGUGAGUGAGUGAGUGAGUGAGUGAGUGAGUGUGUGUGUGUGUGUGUGUGUGUGUGUGUGUGUGUGUGUGUGUGUAGUGGGGGAGAGGUUUGGAGUCAGGGCAGGGAUAGGAAGGAAGGGAGGAAAGUUGUGGUUAUUCAGUUAGAUCUAUCUCUGUUCUGGGUAGAACGACUGAAAAAUGUUUGAGCUACUCAUGGGGUGAGAGCAGCCAUCAUAGAGUAGGCGCAACAGUACAUGUUCCGUAAGUAGCUAGUGCAAGUGAUGGCUUAAUACAGGUAUUUAUUGUAAAUUGCCAAGCUCUUAGUUGCUAAAAGUAGACUAAAAUUCAACUUGUGUGUUUGUGUGUGUAAUAAUGAGCUUAUAUAUAAUUCUUAAAUAGAAAGUAAUUGAUCUUAGAUAUUUCUUCAUGAACUUUUUGGAAUAGAAAUUCUGCCAGACAUUAUCUAAACAAGCUUCCUUAGCUUACCAAGUAUUCAAAAGGAAAUCUUAUACCUCUUUUUGGUUGGCUAGGGAAGGUGUGCUGUGAAGCCACUGUUCCUACUUCAUAGUCGUAUUUAAUGUUGCUUUGACUUUUGUCACAGUCUGGACAGUAUACCAUGACAGGUGUGGGAAGUGCCAGGGCCAUCCUUCUCUCCAUUCUUACCUUUCGGAGUGGGAGGUAAUAAUAAGCACUCAGAGGAACCUAGACAUUUCUUUUUUUCAGAGGUAGUGAGAGUGGUCAAGACUGAACUUCAGGAAGGCAAGGGAGGAGUCAUAGCUAUAGUAAAGAAAAGAAUAAAUUGUAUCCAUUGCCAGUAUACAAUCUCUCAUAAUUCUUCAUGCUUUUUGUAUUUGUGUAUUUUAAUUGACAGUCAUGGGGUAUUUUUAUUCCUAAGAGCAAAGGCAUUAAAUAAGUAAAUAUUCUUAGUCCCUCUGCCUUAUUUGAAUUCUGACUUAUUUGAAUCUUAGUCCGUAUUACCAGAAUCAUUUUAAACCAAAGUUUUUAUAUUCCCUGCACACAGCCAAAAUGAUUACUCCUGUUACAUCUGGCUAUGUGUAAGCUAAUAGUGUAUAAAUCUAAAGGAGAUACUAGUAGAAUUUGUGUGCCAGUGUAUCCUUCAAGAAAAAGGACAGGUGCUCAGUGUUGGCAUCUAGACAUGCAGAAUUCAACUCUUGUGGAGCUAUGUACAUAUUCGCAGACUUAAGCUUAUAUGUGUGCCAAUCUUAUUAAUGUCUCUUGACCACUGAUGCAUGUAGAUUCAUUAACAUCUGAUGCCUCAGUUGGUAUUUUCUUCUUAGUGUCUUAAUAUUUAUGAGCUUGUGAUUGACUUGAGGGGCAUUUCAGCAAUGCUGUGAAAAAAAGUAGGUUAUGAACUGAUGUCUGCUUUGUGCCAUAGACAUUUAGAACAUAAGGAAGUGUCUGCUCUUCAGUUCUUUAAAAUGUGCAGAAUUUGUCUCUAGCUAAGGAUUUUUUAAUCUUUUAAUGCCAGUUGAGAGUUAAGUUUAUGACUAUACUGAAAAGCACUUUUGUGUUCACUUAUUUAUGCUUUUUUAAAACUUUAAAAAAAACAUAUGUAACUAGUGAUUUUUAGCAUUACUUAGAAGGGAGAGAUAAGUAAUUACAUAUUAAAGUUUCUAUUAGAUACUUAGACUCCAGAAUGGAUUUGACAUGUUCUCAUUUUUCCAAAGACUCCCCCCAACCACCUGUAAUAAGGAAAGUAGACUGGUUGGAAACGUAGGAGCUGUUAAGUCUUACUGGCGAAAGAAAGUGGGCCAAACCCGUGCUAUAUACCCUUUACAAUUAAAACUCCAGUGGCUAGGGAUGAGAAUACUUCUUAAAGACAAACAGUUGUUUUAAUACUUAGUAAGUAAAAGGUUUACAUUUCUUCUAUUGCUGUUGGUUUUAAAAUUUACUAUACUGCAUUUUGAAAUACCCUUAAAAAGUUAAUACCAAAAAUACUUUUACUGUCUGACAUCUCGUAUAUUUCUUGUGGUUGUUUUUACUCAUUGUAAAUAAAAAUAAACUUGGAUAAAUUUGAAAAUAAACUUUGAACUUGCAAACUAUGAUUAUCAAUUUGUAAGUUUACCCUUUGACUUAAUGUGCAUUUUAAAAUGUAGCCAUUAAAUUCUUUAUAUUUAACACAUUAGUUUCUCUCAGUAAAUGUUUUUAAUCUCAGUUGAAUACUAGGCAGUUUAUGUACAAAGAUUUUUGUUUUAAUCCUAUCAAGGUUGACUUUUUUGCACAUUUUUGGAAAUGUUUAAUUUGUACACUGAUUUAUAUGACCAAUAAUUGUUGUGUGUCUGCGAAUCAUGAAUGCGUGCAUUGAACUACUGUCUGUGUCUCUGUUUGACCUUCUUUCCAGAUGUAGCCCUCAGUUACUGCACUGCUAUGACUGAGUUAAAGGGCCUUGCUUUUACAAAGUUACCUGUCUAUGGUUCUGUCUUUGUUGAAGAACUCAGGAGUUCAGUGUUGCUUCCUAAUUUUAUACUGUAUUCUGAAUCAGUUACUAAGUUUAAAGUAUUCUGUGUGUAUAAGGAAUGUGUGUGUAUUUGUGUGAAAAUGUCCUUUGUGUGUAGGCACAUGUAUAUAUCAGUAAAUUCUUAUUUUCAUUUCAUUUCUACACUUUUAUGAACUUAUUUUAUAAGGGUACUAUUUAGUUAGGAUAAUUAAAUAUAUAUAAAAGCUUUCUGAGAGAUUAUUUACUAUAUUGGAUAUAUUUUCAGCUGGCUGAUCAGAAUUAUUUUUUUAAUUUUGUUUUUAACCAUUCAAGAUGCAUUUGUAUUUCCAGAAUUGGAUACAGAUUUUACUUAGAGCUCAGUUAAUAUACUCUUAAAGGAAAAGCUUUGAAGAGGGAGGUAGGUUUUAAGCAGUAGCAAAACACACUGUCCACUAACAUGACCUUUGGCAUCUCAGAGCUAUUAUGAGAAACUAAACUGUCUUGGAGAGAUGUCAAGCUUUUUAUAUCUCCAUUUGCUUUAGGCCUGUCCUAUCUUUAAUUUUGAAUAUAUUUCCUUUAUUGCCAAAGUUUUCAAACUUUAGUUUUUCCCUUAUCUGGCAAGGUCAGACUGGGUUUAAGAAACAAUACAUUGGCAUAUUGUGAUUCUUUAUAAUUGACUGCCAAUUGGGUUAGGAAUAUCCAAACGUACACUGUGUGUUUAUAUUGUACUAUGUGUUUUAAGCAACUGGCAGAAAAAGAGUUGGAAGUUUGGUUUCCAAUCUGACAGUGUUACUGUAUUUAAUGAAAACCUUGUUUUUAAUAUGUGGUAUCAUGUAAAAUUAUUUGUAUUAGGAAUAAAGUCCACUGUUGAAGUUGAGUAUCACUAAGUUUAUUAUGUUAAAGAGAACCUUUGUGAUUAGAACCUACCAGAAGCCAGAAACAGUGUGGUAUGUGCUACAUUUCAUGCACAUUUAGGAUUUGUGUUUCAUUCAAAAUUGUGCUUGUAAAAAAAAAUGUGUAAAUUCCUGACUUUUAUAAUUUCUAUGUAUUUUUUUUUGCUGGUAAAUAGCUUUUUAAAAAUUUUAAUAUAAAUAAACCAUGUUUAUAUUUUGUUAGUGAUCAAUGACUUUGUAUGGCAGUUUGUAUAUCAUUGACACAUCUUUGUUUAGAUUUAUUGUGCAUGAAGGCCUGUGAUAAUUAGCACAGUGAAACAUACUUUUUCUUCCAUGUUCAUUUUUUGAAAAGAUUGUGAUGCAGAGGCUCACUCUAACCUGGACUAUGGAAUGAAUAUAAAUGAAUGGCACUUUGAGUGUUAAUAAAGCUGGUAUUUAUUUCCACUGUGA